AUGAUUUACUAAGAAUAAGUAAAACCCAAGGCUAACCUAAUUCUUUAAUAAGAUAAAUUUUAUAUUAGAGUAGGUAUGAUACUAGAAAUAAUUUAGUUGAUAUAUUAUCCAUCUUAAUAAAGCUUGGUACUUAAAUUCCCAGGAUUAUUAUUAGGUUAAUCAAACCAAGAGCAAGGUAUUUUAAGUGGCUUUGAGUAAACUUCUUUUCUCAUCCUUAAAGUUAAACCUUCACCUACUCUUUAAUUAAUUAUAAUAUAUUUAAAUAAGCCAAUUUAGAGGCUUAAUAAAAAUACCUAGUGA